GUCCUGGGAUAUUUGUAAACCUAAUGAUUAUUAGGCAUGUGACAUUCGCAGUGCGCUAUUCGUUUAUGGCACUACAGUUGACAUGGCGGUCGAAUCACACUGGUCAGUUUAGUGUACAAUUCCAGUCUAUAAGUUGUAAAAAGUUCCUAGUUUGACGGUAUCAUUAAAAAUCUUCAACAGUUGUUGUUGAGAUACUUUAUUUUCUAGUCUCGCUUAGUUCAAACAUAUGAAAUGAGAUCUUUUAUAUUUAGGAAAGGAAAGCCUUCUUUAUGAUGCAAUGUUAUGUUAGAGUUCCUGGGUUUACAAGUUAGCUGUCUUAUUUCCAACUACUUUCAUAGCCUCAGUUAACUAGUUCAACUUGUCACUGUAGCUUUAAGAACUAAAAGUUUUCAGAAAAAGUCAUGUCUUAUACAUAGUUCAGGUACUAGCCGAUGAAAUGAGUCUUUUUGAUUUUAGGCAUGCAGCUUAACUUGAGUGGUUGUUAAUAAGUCCCAGCUUUUCAUCUAUGGUCACAUCAGUCGUAAUGGAUACUACUAAUACGCUGCUUCCGGAAAACUAUAGUAAACCGGAUGCAAUAUUGCGGGAUCACAAGUGUCCUGUUUGUCCUCAUUCUUCAGCAUCUAAGUCUGGACUAAUAUGUCACUUGACAGCAAAACAUAAAGAAUGCUUGGUUGCUGUUUGCAAAACAUGUCAACAGAACUUCACAUCAGAUGCUAUAGGUCCCCAUGUACUUACGUGCAAAGGAAGCUACUCUUGUAUUCAUUGUCGAGCUACAUUUACGUCACCAUCUUAUUUGCGACGUCAUAUCUCCCGGUGUCAUAGGGUUUUCGAUCGUCCCACCUGUGGUGUUUGUGGAAAGAAUUUUUCAUCGACCAAUUCACUGGCUAUUCAUCAACGAUUGCAUCAAAGCAAGUUUUUCUUAUUUCCUUCGAUUGAUAUUCUAGAUAAUAUGCCGUACGCCUGUCAGCUUUGCUUCGCUAAUUUCGCUCAAAAAAGCCAUCUGAAGUUGCAUUUAGAUUCUCAUCACGCCUACGUUGAACUGGAUAAAACGCCGAAACCUUUUGUGUGCAAAACCUGUGAUCGUGGAUUUUUGUUCAUUAUCAGCUUGCACCAACAUAGUUUACAGCAUUGCAAGCUUAGUCCUAAAAAGUUACUGCCGUGCAAAGUGUGUAAAAAAAACUUUGCUUACCAAAGUGAAUUGGAGCGUCACAGCGUCAUUCACACCAAGUGUUCACCGUACCGAUGUUCGUUUUGUUCUCGUACGUUUACACGUUCUAACUUGCUAAAGAAUCAUGCUCUGGUACACACGAAUCCAAGCCUUUUGACCUGUUGUUACUGUUCUCGAGUAUACGCGUCCCGUUCUUAUUUGCUACAGCAUAUUGAGCGACACAAAGAAAAACUACAAACAUCUUCAAUUUCAAGUACAACCUCCAUAUCAGAGAUAGAAACAAGUAUGUUGGACGAUUGUAGACAAUGUGCACCAGAGAUAAAUGAGGCUUGGGGAGAUUCGACUUUCGAGGAUCUGGGUAACGACCAAAUCGUUUCUCCAGAUGUCGACUUUCUACAUUCGUUGUUAUAUGGACAAAAUGUGAGUUGACUUUCCAAAGAGUUGAUACGUGUUACCACAUCAUCACUGAUACAAAAAACUAGUCUUCCUUAUUUCAUUAUUCAUGCUGAGUUUGCAAUCUUCAUAUCGUCGAAUUGUGCAGAUGAAUUUUGUGUUUUGGUAAUUGUCACGUACAGUGCAUCACAGAGGACAAUUCGCCAUCAGCUGAUUACAACUUGCUGCAUUUCUAGCUUAACAAGUCUUUCGAGAAUAGCUCGUCUUUCUGAUUUUCAAUAAUCUAUCUGGGCAUUUCUUAUUCUUAUCUAAAACUAAGAAAUCCGCUUCAGCUUAUCUUGUAACUGCUACUUUUCUUACAGCCAUUUUAGUUGACCAAAUAACUGCAUUUAUUCGUCAGAUCUACUUUUUUCCCCUACCAAUGUUUAACUUGUGAUAGUUAAUUUAUUUACCAAAUGUGAACUUCAAAUUACCACUAUUUGAAUCCUAUGCUUUCAUCUUGAGACCUUAAACCGGUUGUUUUUGGACCUCGUGUCUUUCUGUGAAGUUGGAAUAGUAGUUAUGUUUUAGGGCUAUCGUGAGCUCCCUUCCAACUUCCUCAGUGAAGAAAAGAUUGUAAAUCAAUUUUUGUCUGUUCUACAUCAGCGUGACGUCGUUUAUAUUUUUGUAAGUAUUCGACCAGGCUUACAUGAUGUCAGGACAUGACUGCCUGACCGCUAUCUUUUUGUUUUUAUAUGGAUUUAUUUUUUAUUUUAUACACUGUUCCUGUGCAUUUUCCACGUUUUCUGCAAAUAUACUUAACAGUAAAUA